AUAUACUUGAUAAAGUGGGGUUAGGGCAGUUUGGGGUUAUAAUAAAAAUAAAGCAUAAAAGAGAAAAGUAUUCAUAGAAAGUGAGUUUUUAUAGGCAUGUGAUCAUGUGGAACCAAAAGCUGUCAGACCGUCCCCCUUUAAACACUUAUAAGGCCCCAAAUAAAAAUCUUGAUUUAACGAAACUCCGUAAUGCCCUACAUUAUGGCCUGGAGCACUUUACGAACGACAACUUGUGGAACACUGAGAUCUCCUUGCUGUGCCGAAUCAUUUAUAGAAUGAAAAUGAAGUUUCGAAGCUCCAAGGACUUUAAAUUGUUGGAAAAACUUAAGAGGCACUUGGAGAAAUGUUAUGAGAUUAAUGUCGGUAAACAGCUCAAGAUUUUUUUGUCUAUGGUUCCUCAGAAAUAUGAAUCCACCACUUACCUUCCUACAAAGAAUAUGUUGGAUUAUAUUCUCGUUAAGUUACAAGGCUUGGCAAAAGUUUUUGUUAAAAGCUAUGAGACUUGCCUGCAAGUAUGUGCAGAAAUCAAUCAGCGGCUGUACAUAGGGCACUUCUGGAACCUAUUUUUCAUAGUGUUCUCCUUAGUAUCCCGACUCUCUAUUCUAAUUAAGUUUAAAACGAAAUUCGUUUGCGACUUAUACGCUAAACUGCUACCGUACUCACAACAGUUAAAAAACGAUGGCCCCAAUUGGCUUCCUAAGGAUCAGUUCUUACCAAAAGACUUAAAAGUGUGGCUAGAGGUUUUAUGGGUUUACGAGGAGGAGUGUGUUGAUUUAACGUUUGAGCCUAGCACAGUUGAUUUUAUGAAUUUGAUGGAGGAAGAGGAUGAAGACGUGAUGUUUUGGGAGGAGUACAUCAUGAUUGACGAUGAAGAUAAGAGGAUUGCCAAGGAUUUUCAAAAGUUGGCACCUAUAAAAGAUGUUUUGAGUAAUAAUUGUGAGGAUGUGGUUGAAUUAGUUGCGGAGGAAGGAUUGUUGGUUUCCUCCGAAGAUGAAUCGAAUAAGUUGCAGGACAGUGUAGUAUUUUUGGGUGAAACUAAAAGUGAUAAGAAAAGGAGUCACUUGGAUUCAGUGAUUAUUGAGGAGGAUAUUGAUGUGGGAGAAGAGGUGCAAUAUUGCGGGACAGUACCAAAGAAACCAAAGAAGAAAUCCUUGAAACAGAUCAUUAAUGAGGAAGUUAUCGACCUUUCACGGCCUCGAAUUCACAACAAGGACAUGAGUGUAAAUUCAGUUAUGGUGCAACAUCAAACGUGGGCCAGCAAAGUGUUGAAAAAACAAGCAAACAAGGGAGAAGGUAAAAAGGGCCCCAUUUGGCGAAAAAUGAGCUCGGUCAAGGAAUUGAAAACCCCUUUCUCUAAGAAGAAGAGGAAGAAGUAUAAUAACCCCAAGAAGAAAAAUAAUUUGAGUUAAUAAUAUUUUGAUAAUAAAACCGAGUUUAUUAUA